AUGGCAUGGUUGAAGCAUGCCGUCCACAUUCAACUGGUAACAUCAUCGCAUGAUGGUAGAAGAUCACAAGAGGAACUUAUAGCGGCUUUAAAUUCAAUUGAUCUCUCAGAUCCUCCGGCUUGGUUAAAUCCAGCUCGUCAAUUGCAACGUAAAUAUUGUCGAUCAAAAAUAUGUGAUAACAAUAUCACAGACGCUUAUGCUGGUAUAAAAAUGAUAGCAUGUGGAACAGGACAACCGAAAACAACUGUUCGCGGUCGAGCAUGUUUUGCCAUAAUUAUUGAUGGUAUUGACUAUAUGUUAUUUGAUGUUGGUAUGGGUGCUGAAAUAGUAUUAGACAAUUUUAAUAAUACAAAUCAAUUAAAUUUGAUUAAAAGCAUAUUCAUCACUCAUUAUCAUAGUGAUCAUACGGGUGGUAUCGGUAAUGCAUUAAAUUUGGGAUUCUUAGAUCUAAGAACUGCAGCAAGCGAUCGUGUUAAACUAUAUGGUCCAGGAUUUGAUUUGCUUUUUAAUUAUACUCAAGGUAUGAGAUAUUUUUUUGUUAUGGAUUCAAUUAAUCGACAAUUGCAAGUUAACGCAGCAAAAAAGAUUUGUAAUCCAACAUUCGCUAAUCCUACGAGACCAAACUUGAAUCCCACAGUGUUUGAUUCAUUAAAUGUUGAUGGAAUAGGAUAUACCAUUCCACCAUUUGAUAAUAAAACGCAAAUAACGGUAGUCAAUAAUAAAGCGCAGGAUGUAGUUGUUAAAUCAUUUCGAGUUUAUCAUCAUUCAGCUAAUCCAGCUGUGGGUUACAUUAUUCUAACGAAAGGUUAUAAAAUUGUCAUUAGUGGUGAUACAGUGGGUUAUCCAGAAUCAAGGGCUGUAGUGAAUGCAGCUAAAAAUGCUGAUUAUUUAAUACAUGAGGUGUUAAAUAAAACGUUUUUGACAACACAUAGUGAGCCAACCCCAAAUGGUAAAUUUAAUGAUCAAUGUCGAAUUCUUGAUUCACACACACUUGUUCCACAAGUCGCAAGAGUAGCCAAAUUGGCUAAGGUUAAAAAUUUAAUCCUUACACAUAUUGUUCCCGCACCGCUAGCGUUGAAAACACCAACUCCAUUAAAUAAUCAAGUUAUUUUAUUAUUAUCUGACCUUGGCGUAGCGGAUGAAACAUUUUUACAAAUUCAACAACGUUAUUUUAAAUCUAAUAAUCAAACUAUGAGUUGUAUAUCGGCUGCAGAUGAGACACGCGUGAAAUCGCCCGAUAAAGCUGCCGAUACAUCGUACAAUGUAUUGGGCAAUGCAUCAUGGAAUAUAUCGAUCGAUUCAUCUGCUUGA